UUUUACUAUUUCACUUACAUAUUUUUUUUAAAUUUAACAAAUAUGUUAUGCAAAUAAUAAGAUAACAAAUAUUAAGAUAAACUUUGCGAAAUUUGGCGAUAAAAUUUGUUUGUGUGCGAGAAUGUAUACAUCACAUAAUUAAGAAAUAAAUUAAUACUGUGGUUGGAAAGACAACCAUUAAAAAAUCUCUAUGGCAAAUCAUGAGGAAAAUAGAGCUGAAAGAUGGCAUGUCUCGCAGUCAAUAAAGCUAUUGCGCCUCUAUGGAGCACAUCGUUGUCUUUGGAAUAUUCAUGAUAUUGACUAUCGCAACAAAAAAUUGCGUUCUGCCGCUUGGACAGAUAUUGCUGCUGCUAUGGGAAAUAAUAUGACGAAGCCGGUCGCCCUUCAAAAGGUAAACAUAUUACGUGCGACUUAUCGUUAUGAAAAAAAACGUAUAAAGCAUCGGAUACGAAAAGGCAUUGGAGCCAAAACGAAAUUGAAAUGGUUUGCUCUGGCUGAUACAUUUCUGAGAAAGUUACCAAAAUGUAAUAGGAAUGCUAAAAUCAAACAAAAUGACUCGGACACAGAUUUAGAAGACGCAAUGAUAAUAACCAUUGAUCCAGAAGCUUUUAUACCAGAAGUCGAAGUUACUACGGAAGAUAAUGAAAAUUGCGGUUUUGAUUUUCAAGGUUCAGCAGUGAGUUAUACUGAAGAGUUUUCAGAUGAUGCUAGUACUCAAAUCAAAGAUGAAAUAAAUUGCGAAAAUUCUAAUUAUAAAAAUGAGCAAAGAAUGAAAUCAAUGGAUUGUGACUUGAAGAAAUGUGAAACUAGAAAGUGGACAUCUGUAGAAUCCAUGCAGUUUGUAACACUUUUACUAGACUUUCAGAAUUUAUUAAAAAGUGACAGUAACAUCGAAUCGAGUGAAAGUUUAAAAUAUAUUGAAAAAAUAUCAGAUGUUAUGAAUAUAUCUAUAAAACGUAUAAAAGCUCGUUUACAAAUAUUAAAAAAUACCAUCCAAAUUGAACAAAAAAAGAUGGUGGGAAAUGUGACAUACAGACCAGAUUAUAUUUGGUGGCCCGUUAUAGAAAAAUGCUUGUCAAACUUAAAUUCAGACAAAUCAAAUUCACAUAUAAUGCCACCACAAUUCGUGGAAGUAUCUAAGAUACCAUGUAGCAACAAAAUAAUUUGUAACGAUAAAGGAAUAGAAGUACCAGUGACAUAUACAUCCGUUGAAAAAGAUGAAGAACCAGACAUCCAAAAAAGCAUCAACAAUUUUAUCACCUUGGAUCAAUGUAAUAUAGAGAUUGAUCAAGUGGACGAUUCAAAUGUUCUUAACAACAGAAACCCAGCUGAAGAGCAGAAUCUUUUCAAUUGCACAGAAAAGAACUCAACAAAACUUAUUUAUAGUGGACUUCAAGAUGAUUUACUUGAAGGAAAAUGGUCAUUAAAGCAUUCUGUAAAAUUUUUAAGACUCUAUGGAGCGCAUCCUAUACUUUGGAAUUUAAGUCAUCCUGAUUAUCGUGUACGUGAACUGCGUAACGCUGCUAUGGAAGAUAUUGCGGCUGCUAUGGGCUAUGGAUUGACUGCACAAUACGUGGCAAAGAAAAUAAAAAUUUUUCGUAUUACAUAUAUGCAACAUCGUAAGCGUAUGUUAGAGGAUGUGAAAAAAGGCAAAGGAACUGAUUUACAAUUACGCUGGUUUCCUUUAGCUGACAGCUUUCUGCGAACACAUAUUGGCUUACGUUCUAUUAAAGAUCAGGAUGUUGAAGCGCCUCAAUUUGAUUUUGAUUAUGUCUAUACAAAUUUAAAUUUAAUAGAUCCUGAGCUUUUGAGCGAUAUCAAUUGCAAUAAUAUUUAAUAAAAAUGUGUAGUAACAGUAUUUAUAAUUAUUAUUUCUACUAGUUAUAACUAGGGGACAAUUAUUCACACUGAAGAAGUGUACUUAUUAUUUAGUUGUAU